CUCUCUCUCUCUCUCUCUCUCUCAGUCUGUUUCCAUUUGUCUGGAAUGAGACGAAGAGGAGAAAAGGAGUGAAGGAGAAGAAAAACAGGAGGAAGAGGAGUGAAGAAGAAGAAGAAAAACAGGCGGAAGAGGAGUGAAGGAGAAGAUGAGCCACAGAAGGUGAAUGACUUCGUGAUUGACAGCUGUCACUCGUUUGAUCCGAGCCAAUCAGGAGAGACGGUCUUCAUCAUGGAGAAGUGAGACACAGAAACAAGAUGGCGUCAACCAGAGACCAACCAGGAAGUUUGAAUCUACGGCACUUCCUGUUCCUGUUAGGUCUGUUCCUUGUUUGUCCUGAAGGGGGCGUCGGCCUAGAGCUGCUGCCACCGGCCUCUAGAGUUCUACAUCACCCAAACACAAACUUCACUGUGGUGUGUUCGGGCUGGAGUCAGGUCACUUGGCGUUUACCUCGUGCCUCACCGUUAGACGGCGUCCUGGUGGAGAGGCGGGGCUCCAGCAGCGUCCUGCAGCUUGUUAAUGCCACCUGGAGGAAUUCUGGGAGAUACACCUGUGAGGAGGCGUCGUCCAAUCAGAGCAGAGACAUUGAUGUCUUCAUACCAGGACAAGGUCCAGAGGAAUGGUUUGUCCCACUGGGUCCAGGUGUGGUGAUGAAGGAGGCGGAGGAAGAUACCAUUCCCUGCGUGGUGUCUGACCCGCAGCUCAACGUCUCGCUGUUCCAACGUCACGGCAGGACGGCCGUUACCACGACAACGUACGAUCCGGCCCGCGGCUUCACGGGGCGUCUGAACGACACGUCGUACGUGUGCGUAGCUGCCCGCGGCGACGAGCAGAGGGAGUCGCAGGUGUACUAUGUCUUCAGCAUCAUAGUUCCUCAGGUGAUACAGGUGGACCUGUCUGUCUCCAGUGUCGUGUUGAAACAGGGUGAAGUUCUCACAGUGAACUGUUCAGUCACUGACACAGACAUGGUUUAUUUCAGCUGGGAAUUUCCCCGCAGACAGGAAGUGGAGCCGCUCACAGACUUCCUGCCCAACAAGAUUCUCUCCUUCAUCAACAUCUCCACGGCAACAGUGGCCGACUCAGGCACAUAUGUGUGUAACGUUCAGGAGACAACGCAAGGAAGAAGAGUGAUGAAGAACGUCACAGUGACAGUUCUGGAGCGAGGUUACGUUUACCUGUGGCCGUCAGGUGACACUAACGUGUCGUUGGUCCUUCAUCACACGGUCGAAUUCAGCGUGGAAAUCGACGCCCACCCCGCCCCCACCGUCGUUUGGACCAGAGACAACCGGACUGUUGCCAUGGAAACCACCUCUGUUACCACCACUCACCUCACAGGCAGCAGGUAUUUUAGCAAGCUGAUGCUGGUUCAUGUCCAAAUGGAUCAGACAGGAAGUUAUGUGGCGACUGUUUCCAAUGACGACGACAUUGCAGAGGUCGUUUUCAAACUGGAGGUCAAAGCGCCCCCUAGGAUCACAUCUCUGUCAGAGGUUGGCAGUGCUGCCAUUUUGUGUGUCAGCGAGGGAGCUCCGCCCCCUACCGUUACCUGGUACACAUGUCACAUGUCACACAGGUGCAGUAAUGUGACAGGCGGCUGGACUAGCCAAUCAGCAACCUCGGAGAACAUCACUGAGAUGACGGAGAAAGGUGUCGCCCAGGUACACAGUGUGAUGUCACUCCUCGGUCUCAGCUCGGUGACGUUUGUUCGAUGUGAAGUCAAAAACCUCGCCGGACGAAGAGUACGAGACCUGCGAGUACUGACCACAUCUCUCCUGUCUCAGGUGGCGGUGAUGUCCUCAGUCCUGGUCUUGGUCAUCAUUGCUGUCUUCUUCCUCAUUGUCCUCAUCGUCCUCUGGAGAAAGAAGCCUCGUUAUGAAGUUCGCUGGAAAGUGAUGGAGUCUGUGAGUUCUGACGGACAGCAGUGCACCUACGUCGACCCCGUCAACCUGCCUUAUGACUCCGCCUGGGAAAUACCACGAGACAGCUUAGUACUAGGUCAGGUGUUGGGUUCAGGUGCGUUUGGUCGUGUUGUUGAAGCACACGUCUCUGGACUGAUUCACUCUGAUUCUACCACGAAAGUCGUUGUGAAGAUGGUGAAACGGAACAGUGGGUCAGUCCAGUCUCUGAUGUCAGAGCUGAAGGUUUUGGUUCAUCUUGGUCCUCAUCUGAACGUGGUCAAUUUGCUUGGAGCCUGUACCGGCCCACCAGGCCCUGUCUAUCUUAUCACUGAGUUCUGUCGCCAUGGAGACCUGGUCAACUACCUGCACAAGAACAAACACACCUUCUUACAGAGAGACACCAACACCAGGAGCAACAGUGAUGGUGGUUACAUGGACAUGAACAAAGAGGAGUGCGCUCAGUACGUCGCCAUGGAGACGCUGAGCUACGCCCACAUGGAACCCCCUGUGUACGAGACGCCAUGCGUAUCAUCAGGUCAGCAGGAGGCAGCGUCUGUCCUACUCAGUGAUUCUCCUGUCCUCGGCCUCAACGACCUCCUCAGCUUCUCCUACCAGAUCUGUCAGGCCAUGGACUUUCUGUCAUCCAGAAACUGCGUCCAUAGAGACCUGGCGGCUCGGAACGUGCUGGUGUGUGAGGGGAAGCUGGUGAAGGUCUGUGACUUUUUUCUGGCCCGGGAUCUGAUGAAGGACCACAACUACGUUGCCAGGGGAAACAACUUCCUGCCACUGAAGUGGAUGGCACCAGAGAGCGUGUUCCAGAGCAUCUACAGCUCCCAGAGCGACGUGUGGUCCUAUGGCGUUCUGCUGUGGGAGAUCUUCUCACUGGGUGAGAGUCCGUACCCUGACCUGCCCGUGACUCAAGAGUUUUACUCUGCUUUGAAGAGACGACACAGAAUGACACGCCCUGACCACGCCCCAGAGAUAAUCUAUGAGCUGAUCACAAGAUGCUGGGAGGAGGAGCCUCAGUCCAGACCGUCAUUCUCUUCAAUGGUUGUUUCUGUGGGGAACAUGAUGACUGAUGAACACAACAAGCGCUACAUCCAGCUGACACAGGACUUCCUGAAAGGAGACAAUCCUGCUGUGGUACGAUCCAGAGCUGCACGCACACAAGGAAGCCCUGACGCUCAGGCAAAAGACCACCUGCCUGAGGCGGGGCUAGAGGAGGCCUCAGGCAAUAUUGCUGACAUCACCAUAGAAAUGAGUGGCGGCGCUGCGCUGGACGCAGCCAGCCAUGAGUCCUCAGACCUGCCCCUCUGCCAGGAAGUGACUUCAUCAGCGGGGAAACAGGAAGCUGAGGAGGAGGAGGAGAGCAGCCUGUGAAGGUUCAGAGGAUUCAUGAACAUGUGUGUGUGUGUGUGUGUUAUCCUCCAUUUAUUCUUUGUAUUAAAGUGACGCUGCAGCUCGUCUGAA